AUCAAAUCGGUUUUCUUUUACUUCUGAGAUAUUUCCAACUCUCUGAAAAGAAAAUGCCUAACCCUAAAGUCUUCUUCGACAUGACCAUCGGCGGCCAAGCGGCUGGCCGGAUCGUGAUGGAGCUGUACGCCGAUGUCACUCCCCGCACCGCCGAGAACUUCCGUGCACUAUGCACCGGCGAGAAGGGAGUCGGCCGGAGUGGUCAUAACCUUCAUUACAAGGGCUCGUCGUUCCACCGUGUGAUCCCUAAUUUCAUGUGCCAGGGAGGCGAUUUUACAGCUGGAAAUGGUACCGGAGGUGAGUCGAUCUACGGUUCCAAAUUUGCCGAUGAGAACUUCAUCAAGAAGCACACCGGACCUGGUGUUUUGUCCAUGGCGAAUGCUGGACCUGGAACUAAUGGAUCUCAGUUCUUCAUUUGCACCGCUAAGACCGAGUGGCUUGAUGGAAAGCACGUGGUGUUCGGUCAAAUCGUUGAAGGAAUGGACGUGGUAAAGGCCAUUGAGAAGGUCGGAUCGAGCUCUGGAAGGACCUCGAAACCAGUUGUCAUUGCCGACUGUGGCCAACUCUCUUAGAUCUGUCGCUGCUCCGGCGAAAUCGUAUCGAUGAUCAUUUCCUAUUUGCGUGUGUUGUUUUUUAACUUACUGCGAAUAUGGUUCUGUCUGCGUCUCUUUUUAGGUUAUGGGUCGUGGGUUUACGCUGCUUCUUUAGUUAUGUGUAACUGCCGUUUUUACCUUUCUGUUUGAUGGCGGUUUCGCGGUGGUUCCUAGACAUAAUUGGUUGUUCAAACCGAGGACCUUCAAUAAUAUGAUAUGGCUCUGUCUUUCAACUUUCUCUCA